GACUGCGCUCCGACCCGGGACUGCACUCCGCGGUGCGCUCCCAGCCUGCAGUGCCGGCUCCGCAGACCCGUGCACCGGCGCAUGGCGCAGAGGCUGAGCGAGCGGGUCCGGGGGCCCAGCGAGGCCACCGGCCUCUACCGGGCCGUGCUGCUCAGGUCCGCCUCCAUGUACUCGGAGAUCCAGAGGGAGCGGGCGGACAUCGGAGGCCUGAUGGCCCGGCAAGAAUACAGAGAGUGGAACCCGGAGCUCAUCAAGCCCAAGAAGCUGCUGAACCCCGUGAAGGCCUCCCGGAGCCACCAGGAGCUGCACCGAGAGCUGCUCAUGAAUCACAGGAGGGGCCUGGGCGUGGACAGCAAGCCGGAGCUGCAGCGUGUCCUGGAGCACCGCCGGCGGAACCAGCUCAUCAAGAAGAAGAAGGAGGAACUGGAGGCCAAGCGCUUGCAGUGCCCCUUUGAGCAGGAGCUCCUGAAACGGCAGCAGAGGCUGAGCCAGCUGGAAAAACCACCAGAAAAGGAAGAGGACCAUGCCCCCGAAUUUAUUAAAGUCAGGGAAAACCUGCGGAGAAUCACCACCCUGACCCGUGAAGAGAGAGCGCUUUAGAGCCAGCUGCUGGAGCUCCAGCGCCCCCUGCAGCCCGCCCCUGGUCCCCACACCUUCCUGCAGCCCUGCUGUAGCCGGCAGCCCUGGGCCCCUGGUCUUGACACAUCUGUGAUGGUCACACUCGCUUCUGUAAAAUGCGUUGUCUCAGAGGGCCGCCCUCCCCCCAACCCCCCGAAGAUGGGGGCUCCUGAGCUCCCAGCCUUUUCGUUCUGAGUACUCAUCCCUCCUGCUCCAAGAAGAAGCCACUGCUGGGAAAACUUUCACCAGGCACCUCUCCCUGAGGGGGCUUCUGAGCUCUGCCAAGAUUUUUCUGGCAGAGUUGAGAAGGGACAGGGGCAUCUCUGGCUGGACAGGCCGUCCGUUCUGCCCAGGCCCCAUGGGGCCCUGCUUCUCUGGGCAGCCCAGCUCCCAGGUCUCCAAGAACUUCCCUGCCUGGGGUGGUCUCUGCAGCCCGGUGUGGGGCAGCUCAGCAGAGCAUCCCGGGAUGCCGGCUCUGCAAGCCGCCUGAGGGGAGGACGGGUCUGCCUAACGGCGACAGCUUCUUUCUCAGACCCUGCCAGCCUUUUCCCACCCCCAUGCCUUUAUCUUCUCCUCUCCACAGCCCCACCCUCUCCAGGCCCUGUAACCACACCUAGCCAGGGCUGCAGCCCUUCCGCUACUGGACGGCUAGAACAGUGCUUCUCAAACUUCACAGUGCCUAUAAAUUACUGGGGAUCUUGCUAAAAGACCGGCUUUUGGGUCAGUAGAUUUGGGGUGCGGGCUGAGAUUCUCAUUGCUAAGAAGCUCCUAGACUGCUGGGCUGAGGCCCACACUGUACCCGGCAAGGCUGGAGCGUCCAGGGGUGGUCAAUGAGGCCAUCUCUGCCCCACAGCGCCCACGGCCCUCUGCCCUGGAGAUUCCCACCUGCCACCACAGCCCCCAAGGGCUCCUUAUUUUCCACCCACCCCAGGGACCUCAGGCCUGGGAAGGCUCUUGCCUAGCAAAUUGUGUUAUGUGACCAGAAAUGUAUGUAAUCGCCAAUCUGCAUUUCUUACCACACUGAUGCAAUUCUAGCCAAAGACUCCCACAAAACUUUUCUUUUAAACCUUUUCCCGAAGCCUAUGAAGAGCAAAUUAUAACGUGAUUUCCAAUAGGCUUCUGAAAAUAUAAAAAACGGUUUGAAGACCCUACAGCCACCCUUCCAAACCGGUCCCGUUGAGUCCCCAUUUCCAGCCUCUGCACCUGGGACCCACCCCUAUUUGGUUUCCAUCACCUGGGCCAGCUUCAGUGAAUUCACCCAUUCUUCCUCAAAACGCCCUUCCCAACGCGAGACCAAAUGUUUCAGCCUUUUACUCCUAUCCCAUAUUUAAAGAUUUAGAGACUAAACCGGGCCUGUUUCUUUUUCCCCUGAAGUCCCUGCCUCUGGCUUUGUAAACCCAUCAUUCAAGGUAGCAGGGCAGUGCUAGAAAAGCAUUUCCUUUCACACCCCAAGACUGACACAGAGCUACCAGAAAGAGCUACCGCUGGGAUGCCCUUUGAUACUUGGACCAAGGGUGGGAGGAAAGGGAUCAUCCUGGUCUUAGGCCUAACUGGGUGGCUGGAGAGGGACUAAAGACAUCAUCCUUUUCCUGUGGGGGGCGGCGGCUCUAAAAGUCUCUCAAAUGUGACAGUCUUAGUGAGAAGAUGGUAAUACUGUUUUAAAUGUCUGCCAGGUGAGAGAAUGCUAAGAAUGCACAGUCCCUAAAUAAAGACCACCCCUUCCCCAAAGAAGCUGUCCCCUGUGUGUUGUUCAGAAAGGAAAAGCAAGACUGAGUAUCUAGGAUGAAGUAGGCCCCUCCAAGGGAAUGCUUGGGAUUUCACUCUGUGGGGCCCCAUAGGUGCUCCACAGAGGUGGCAAAUCAUGGAGACAAAGCCCCAGAAGUAGAAGGAAACUCAAGUACCAUGUCGUCCAUGGAGCCAUGGCAGACACCCUUGAUCACUCCCCAGUGGUCAGCCCCAACUCCUUCUCUCCAGCCAUCUCCCAUUGUAGAGGCUGUAAAUACAGAGUCUCACUGUUACAGCCUCCUUUACAGCUUGGGGUGACCAUGUGACCAGGUAUGGCCAGUGAAAUUUAAGACAAAGUCUGCAGGGGCUCCUAGGAAAGCUUAUGUUUUUCUGAUAAAAGAGACAGACUGGGUAACAACUCCCUGCUCCUCCCUUCUUCCUACCUUGAUGAUGGGAUGCCUGGAGCCACAGCAGCCAUCUUGCUACGAUGAGAAAAUGGCCAAGAGAAUUUUAGAAACAUUGACCUGUCAUCACCUGACCAAGCCAAUGCCAGCAGCCAUCCUCCUCCAGAAUUCUUGUAAAUAAAAAUAAAACCCUCUUGUUUAAGCCA